CGGAAGUGACGACAGACGUGCCGGGUUACGCAGCCAGCAGGCGUUGUUUAGUGGUGGCUCCAGUGGUGUCUAUUGUCGCUGCCAAAAUGCCGGAGUUAGCGGUAGAAAACGUGGUUGUCCAUCCUCUGGUGCUGCUAAGCGUCGUCGAUCAUUUCAACAGAAUCGGAAAAGUUGGCAACCAGAAGCGAGUGGUGGGAGUUCUGCUGGGGUCAUGGCACAAGAAAGUGCUGGAUGUGUCAAACAGCUUCGCAGUGCCGUUUGAUGAGGAUGACCGGGACGACUCGGUGUGGUUCCUGGAUCAUGACUACUUGGAGAACAUGUACGGCAUGUUUAAGAAAGUCAAUGCCAGAGAAAGAAUAGUGGGUUGGUACCACACUGGACCCAAGCUGCAUAAAAAUGACAUCGCCAUCAACGAGCUCAUCAAACAGUACUGCACAAACUCUGUGUUGGUCAUCAUUGAUGUGAAGCCCAAAGACCUGGGUCUGCCCACAGAAGCCUACAUCUCUGUUGAAGAGAUCCAUGAUGAUGGCACGCCGACAUCCAAGACGUUUGAACAUGUGACCAGUGAAAUUGGCGCAGAAGAAGCAGAGGAGGUUGGAGUGGAGCACCUCCUUAGAGAUAUUAAGGACACAACUGUGGGGACGCUGUCGCAGCGCAUCACCAACCAGGUUCAUGGCUUGAAGGGACUCAACUCUAAGCUGCUGGACAUCCGCUCGUACCUGGAGAGAGUAGCAGCUGGGAAGCUUCCGAUCAACCACCAGAUCAUCUACCAGCUGCAGGACGUCUUCAACCUGCUGCCCGACGUCAACCUGCUGGAAUUUACGAAAGCCUUCUACCUGAAGACCAACGACCAGAUGCUCGUGGUCUACCUGGCCUCGCUCAUCCGCUCUGUCGUCGCCCUGCACAAUUUGAUAAACAACAAGAUCUCCAAUCGGGAUGCAGAGAAGAAAGAAGGGCAGGAGAAGGAGGAUGGCAAGAAGGAGAAGAAAGACGAGAAGGAGAAAAAAGACGAGAAGGAGAAGGACAAAGCAGAUGCUGCUAAGAAAGAUGAAAAGAAGAAGAAAUGAGUUAUUUAAAGACCAUUCUCACGUCACACAGGCCUCAUCUGGAUGUUGCUCUACUUUUGAGUCCAAGCUCACCGAGCGGUAUGUGGGUCUCGGGCUAAAAGUAGUAGCCAUCUAUAUGAGGACGGCGUCUUCUGAGAUUUGUCCUGACAAGUGGCAUCAUAAAGACUCUUACUAUCCUCCAGAGAUGAUGUUUGCUCUUGUGUGAGAUCAUGAGGUUGUUUUCGCUGUCAUGGCUCUCACACUGAGGGUGUUUUGCUACACCUGAUGUUUGCUUUUUUUGUAUGAUAAACACGUGUCAUUCAUUAAAAUUGGAGUCAUUUAAAGCGGUGUGA